AGGAAUCGGCGAACAUGCGGAUGGGUAUGGGAAACAAUCGCCGAACUCGAGGACGGCCAUUGUGAUCCGUCCCGAUAAGUACGCUUGCUGAUCCAAAUCGGUCUUCUUGUGCGUGUGAAGGGAACGCCCGAAGUCGCUCAGUCAGGUUUCUCCUAAUAUCCCCGGCCUUUAGUCUUGUGCGGAGCGUCGAUAAAUGCGCGACUUUUGGAAUGUGCCCGGUUGAGUCCUGGAUCGCCUUGAGAGAUGGCCCGCUACCACUAUACAUUCACGGCCAUGAGUAGCGGAUCGCGUCGAGAACGCUAACCGGAACGAUCAAGACCUGCAGUCACUUGUCGGCUCCGGUCGGAGCGCAAUGGAGAGGGCGGAGGGAGGGAUCGUCGAAUGUUCGCGUUGUGCUCGAGCGUUUGGGACGCAACAUACGGUAUGAGCAUUAACGAUGGAAACGCUGGGGGCAAUGAGCGGUGACCCCGUGGGCGGUAGGGCGUCUGCGGAGGGUGCGAUGGUAGCGCUUGCGGGGGACACACGCAGCAGCACGCUUGUCUUGUCCAAUUCCGUGAGGUCGGGCUAAGAGGCUGUCAUCUUCCAAUCACGAGCCAUGGCCUACCCGGACGUCGCGCUCACCGAGCCCCUCCCUCCGCCCUCUCCCAGAGUAGCUGCUCGAACAGUCACCAGUCGCCCACCGACCCCCACGAUGCCGCCCUCACUCCCUCCGGGCCCGCGCUAUCUCCUCCGCCAGCUCCCCAGCAUCAUCUUCCCCCCUGCCAUCGCCCACGGCCUCCUCCAGCUCAUUUCCGCCCACCUCUCCCGUCGUCCCCCUUCGUACUUGUUCAUCCUCGCCUACGUGCUCUCCUGGCCGCUCGCCUUCACCGCACUCGUCCAAUGGCGUGCUUGGAAGGCCAGGCGCGAUGCCGCCGCCAGCGGCGCCCUCAUCCCCCAGGAGGUCGACCACAAGUUGCCCGGGAGCGUCGAUCUCAUCGUGAGGAUGUUCCAGGAGGACGCGAAGAUGUACCUCGUCGAGAACUUGUUCAGAUAUACCGAAAAGUACGGCAACACGUUCAACUUGAGGGUCCUGUUUGAGGAUAGGAUGUUUACGUGCGAGCCCGAGCAUAUCAAGACGAUGCUCGCGACUGAGUUCACCCACUACGAGAAAGGACCGUUGCUCUUCGGACAGCUGAAUACGCUCCUCGGGUCUGGCGUGUUCAACUCUGAUGGCGAAAUGUGGAAAUUUCACCGCACAAUGACCCGUCCGUUCUUCAGCAAGGAUAGGAUCACGCAUUUUGACAUUUUUGAUAGGCAUGCGGAGCAUGCGCUCAACAAGGUGGCCUCCCGCCUGAAGGAGGGCGUCCCCGUCGACUGGCAAGACAUCGUGUCGCGCUUCACGAUGGACUCUGCGACAGAGUUCCUCUUCGGCAAGGACGUGCGCUCGCUAGACGCGCCCAUCCCCUACCCGUCCACGUACCGUGGUCCCAAUGCAACCCGGGCGGACAAGUCGAGCGUACACCCCGCUGAUCGCUUCGUGCAGGCUUUCCAGAACGGGCUGGAGGCGACGGCGAUACGCGGACGGUUCCUGCAGUCGUGGCCGCUGUUCGAGUUCUGGGGCGACAAGGUGGAGGAGCACCUCGCGGCCGUGCACGAGUUCAUCGACCCGAUCGUGGGCGAGGCGCUCCGGAAGAAGGCGGAGCGGCAGCGUGUGGAGGAGGAUAUCGAGAAGGACGUGCGGGACGACGAGACUUUGCUCGAGCACCUCGUCAAGUUCACGGACGACGGCAAGGUGCUCAAGGACGAGACGCUGAACAUCCUCCUCGCCGGACGGGAUACUACUGCUUGCACGCUGACGUUCGCGGUGUUCGCGCUCGCGGAACAUGCGGACGUGCUGAGACGGCUACGUGAGGAGGUGCUGGACGUGGUCGGGCCGUCAAGGCGGCCGACGUACGACGACAUUCGGGAGAUGAAGUAUAUGCGCGCAUUCAUCAACGAGGUCCUGCGCCUGUAUCCCCCAGUACCACUGAACUCGCGGUGCUCGAUCCAGGGCAUGACCUGGAAGAACCCGACGGACGGGCAACCGGAUUGGUACAUCCCGCCCCGCGUCCGGUGCCUCUACUCGGUUCUGCUCAUGCACCGCAGGAAGGACCUUUGGGGCCCAGACGCUCUCUCGUUUGACCCUGACAGGUUCAUCGACGACCGCGUCCAGAAGUACCUCGUCCCCAACCCGUUCAUCUUCCUGCCCUUCAACGCAGGCCCGCGCAUCUGUCUCGGCCAACAGUUCGCCUACAAUGAGGCGUCGUUCAUGCUCGUCCGCCUCCUCCAGCGCUUCUCCGACAUCAAGCUGCGCCAGGACGCCCACCCGGAAUCGAUGCCUCCGCCGGGCGUGGAACGGAGCCCGUAUGCGGUUGAUGGUCUCGAGCGCGUCUGGAUGCGGAGUCAUCUCACGACGUACGCCAAGAACGGGUUGUGGGUCGAGAUGCAAGAAACCUCCGCCUAAACAUGAACGACUUGCUGAUGUGAUGUGACCACGCGUCUCAAGUAUAUCGUAUUAACGCUUUACGCAACAACACGAGACAACAGAGGACCGUUCCGUUGUGUGUACAUGUAGACUUGUAAGCUGUACCGCCUCGAAUGUGGAUCAGAAGUUCAGUAUCUAUCAUAAUCA